AAGGGACAGGAGGCUAUUUUUUACUAUAUUAAGGAUGGGACACAUCUGGUUGAAUAAGACCUUAAAUGUGAUAGGAACGCAUCCAACAGGAAAGUGUGAUUGUUGCCAGGAAAGAGAGACAGUGGCGCAUGUAUUGCUACAGUGUGGGCAGUAUCAGAGAUCUGGUAUGAGGGAGAAGGGGAUACAGGAAAUUAGUUUACAGAGUAUAUUGAGUAGAACACACUUUUUUUUCCUUAUUUGUAAAAAAAUAUAUAUAUAUCUAUUGAUUAUUAAAACUUGCAGUGAAGCUGCUCAACAUCUACAUCACAUUUGUCAUCUAACAGUCUCCCAUCCAGAGAGACCCACUGAAGCACACUUUCCUAUUUAUGCUAUUUGUAUUCCUCCACAAGUUUUGAUCCUAUAUAUCAGGCAGACAGACCAGAUCCCUACCUCCUCCCACUGCCACCUGCCUCCUCUAUGUUUGUGUUAAUGCUGUAGUCAUUUGGUUGUAAUCUUGGAUUGAGCAGACUUUCCGUCAUUAGAUAUAGUCUAAAAUAUUGUAUCUUUUUUAAGAGCAACCGGGCUGGCAGGUAGAAGUUAGCAUAUCCGUGUCUCUGGCCCACACUCCAGUACAGUAGGUGGCGGUAAUGCUCUAUAUCGUUGGAUGUCAACCGCCGAUAAUCCCCACCGAAGAAGAAGACAAGCUUUCCUUGUGGUAGCUGGCAGAUCUCUUUCCUGUUGUCCAAUUCAUUUUCAGUUAAGGGUAUUUUCAAGAAUGCCACCUAAGGGGAAAGGUGGCAAGGAGGCAGGGAAAGGUGGCAAGGAGGCAGGGAAAGGUGGCAAGGGAGGGAAAGGUGGAGCUGCUGCGGGGGCUGGUGACAAAGAAAAAAAGGAAGAGAAGACGAUUAAAGGAGGCACUUCUGUUAAGGUCAGACAUAUCCUGUGUGAAAAACAUGGUAAAUGUAUGGAGGCAAUGGAGAAACUGAAGGCUGGGGUUCGCUUCAGUGAAGUGGCCUCACAGUACAGUGAAGACAAAGCCAGACAAGGGGGUGAUCUGGGCUGGAUGAUAAGAGGGUCUAUGACCGGACCCUUCCAGGACGCUGCCUUCGCCCUACCCAACAGCACCAUGGACAAACCCAUUUACACAGACCCCCCCGUCAAGACCAAGUUUGGCUACCACAUCAUCAUGGUGGAAGGGAAGAAAUGACCCGAAGGCUGGUGGCGGUAAUGCCCCAUUAACAACUGCCGCUAAACCCCAUCGAAGAAGAAGAAUGACCCGAAGGAAAUAUCCACUACUCUUCACGUUGACAUUGGGACACUCUGCUUUCUCUCAGAGGAGAUGGCACAAUCAACUUUUUUAUUUUAUUUUUUUCUUGCUAAAUGUUUUUCAUGUCCUGGUAAUGGCACAACAAAAGCUAAAAAUUAAAUGCUCUGUAAAGAGACACAGGCUAUUUAGAUGUAUGUACUCCUGUCUGUAGCUAAUAAAAAGUGGUGUAAUUUUUUACACUUGUGGUCAAUUAAACAAACAUUGUCAAAUGUA